GAAAUAGUUAAUUUUGUAUUUUUAAAAUUUAAAAUUUUGCUAUAAAAUUAAAGAAUUUCACCGAAGAAAUGUGUGAAAUAUUAACUUUAUAGAUUUCUAAGUACAUAUAUCUAACAUUAAAUCUAAUUAUUAAAAAGUACUUAGGAAUAUAAAAAUGUUUUAGUGAAAGUACUUAACUAACAGAUUUCUAAGUGAAAUUAUCUGUUUUUGAUAAAAAAAUGGGUAAAUCUAGCAAAGUAGUUGUAUGCGGAAUGAAAGGGGUAGGCAAAACGGCUGUUUUAGAGCAACUUAUAUACGGCAAUGUGAACUUAAAGUCCUCUUUUUACCCUACCAUAGAAGAUAUUUAUGUGGCUAAUAUUGAAACUGAUCGAGGUACGAAGGAGCGAGUGUGUUUCUAUGAUACAGCGGGGUUGGAGCCUCCCCUUACAGGCGAGUUGAAAGGGCCACCCCAGUCACCAACUAUGCAGCUGACGUCCAACCAAGUGCUGCAACGCCACUACCUGGGCUUUGCGGAGGGGUUUGUCAUGGUGUACGACACCACCAGGCCUGAGUCACUCGAUGUGUUGAUCUAUUUGAAGAAGGAUAUUGACAGGAAUAAGGAUAAAAAAGAGGUGGUAAUGAUGGUGAUAGGCAACAGAACUGGUCCAGACGACCUCAACAGUCUCGAAAACACUUGCUCCAAAGCCGCCAACUGGUGCUCCCGAGAAAAAAUACGGCACUUCGAGAUCUCUGCCAUGGACCGACCAUCCUUAUACGAGCCCUUCAUAUUCAUGACUUCCAAACUUAACCCGGUCCAAAAUAAAACGGCCUUCCCACAGCUCAGCACGUUGAGUAAACUCACUCAGAAGAAUAGUCGUAGCGACGCUAUGUAACAUUACGUUUUUAGGCUGUGCCCCUUUUGCUAUCAGCCGUGAGGGUUUUAGCAGAAAACUGUCAUUAUAGCCACAAAUGCUCCUGUUUGCGAGUGGUUUUUAUCUGGAACGGCUGCCUUAAGAAGCAGUAGGCUCAGUAUCAGUAAAGAUGACAUGAUCAUUUUGCACAUCAUAUACAUAUACAAGUUCAGAUGAAUCUCAUGACAUUCGAAUAUUAUUUUAAGUUAUUUAUUAUGAAUUAUACUUAACUUUACUUAAUUUUUUAUCGAACUAUAAUGAAUUGUUGAUUUAAAUUGAUUAGUGACUUAAAUAGGCGUUCAUCACUUUAGUAUAUAAAAGUACUUAAAUAUUUAAAUUGUCCAAUCAACAUUUCGUCGUAUCCUACGAAUAACAUUGUUAUUUGUAACAGUGAACAGUGUCGCUACUUACCUAAUUUUGAGGAGGAGCAUUUUUGUAUUUUAUUUUAUACUAAUGCAUGGAUGCUUGUAGUUUACAAUGUUGGUAAAGAGUUUUCAGGUUAUUGUAAAAGUGUUAAUUGGGCUUUUCUUCAAUUUCAAGCAUUCCCUUAGGACUUUAUUUUAUGGAACAGAAUCGUUUCUACCAGGUCAUAAGUGUGGUUGUGUCAUUUUCAUCAAAAAAUACGGUCGUAAAAGUAUUAAAAGAUUUUAUGAAAACAGCCACAAAUACCAUAGUGGCUGUAUUCCACAGAGUUGUACAAACCUAUAAGUGGUAGAUUCAAUUACAACUAAAUUAAAUACCUAAAUUAUUAACUUGUUAUAAGAGUAUUUCAAGCAUAUUAUAAUACUAGCUGUUGCCCGCGACUUUGUCUGUGGAUUUAGGUUUUUCGAAAGAUUUUCCGGGAUAAAAAGUAGCCUAUGUGCUAAUCCAGGGUAUUGUCUAUCUCCGUUCCAAAUUUCUGCCAAAUCUGUCAAGUAGUUUUUGCGUGAAGGAGUAACAAACAUACACAAACUUUCGCCUUUAUAAUAUUAGUGUGAUGACACCCACGUUGACAAACGCCACUCCGGCCGUUGUGGCGUUAUUCGUAGGAUACGAUGAUUUAUGAAAAAGCAGACGAGGGCCUGGACUUGGUGCGCGAGAAUUUUCUUUUUUUUAAUCCCGUUUGUAAGUACGUUGGUACUAUGAGUUUCUGCUCAGAAAAACUUCUACUCGGAUUUAUAUUUUUAAUGAAAAUCUAUAAAUGUGUAAGAAUUCAAAAAAAAAAUAUGCAUAACAGUAAGACAUCUCUAGUUUAAGAACUAACUUGACAUGACAAGUAUGGCAGACUGCAGAGCCCUUCUUAUUGGAUAUGCAUAGUAAUAGAUAAGAAAAUAAU